GCGGACAAAGACGAAACAGCGGCCUACAUUCAUCAGCUUGCUGCUCGCCCCGCCGGCUCCGAGCGCUGCCUCGGGGAGCUGCUGUCCUUCGGGGCCUGGGCCAAGGAGCCCAUUGGCCCGCGCCUUGCGCAGCGGUGGAAGGAGCUCGGCAGCCGUGCGCCGCCCGUCACGUUGCUCUACGGCGAGUCGGACUGGAUGGAUCCCGGUGCAG